AUGAACUUUGAAGAGGCGGAAGACAUCAAUGGUGUCAGAUUUGCUUGGAAUGCGUUUCCCUCAACAAAAGCUGAGGCUGGCAAGAUUGUUGUCCCCACAGGUGCUUUGUAUACACCUUUAAAACAACGCGAAGAUCUCCCCAUUGCUGCAUACGAUCCCGUUUACUGUUCCAACCAAUCAUGUAAAUCUAUUUUGAACCCAUACUGUGCAGUUGAUCCAAAUGGGUUCUGGAGAUGUCCACUUUGUCAAGGUAGAAACUCCUUGCCUGCUCAUUACCAUGGUAUUAAUGCGGAGAAUUUACCAUUGGAAUUGCAAAACACUAGCUCCACAGUCGAGUAUAUUACUGCUAGACCAGUUCAAAAUCCACCAAUUUUCACUUUUGUGAUUGAUUUGUGUCAAGAUGAAGAAAAUUUGAAAGCAUUGAUUGAGGAUGUCAUUGUCAGUUUUAACUACUUGCCACCAAAUGCAUUGGUUGGGUUGAUCACUUAUGGAACUAUGGUUCAAGUACACGAUUUGGGAUCAGAAAAAAUUAACAAGAGCUAUAUUUUUCGUGGUGACAAGGAAUACACCGAUAAACAAAUUAGUGAUAUGCUAAACAGACCCGUGGCACCAGUGUUGAACCAACAACAACAACAGCAGCAGCAGCAGCAGCCAUUGCAACAGCAACAACAAUUGGCAAACUCACUUACUAGAUUCUUUUUGCCCUUGGAGGAUGUUGAGUUUCAAUUGACUUCACUUUUGGAAGGGUUGAAUAGAGAUCCAUGGGCAGUUGCCAAUGGUGCAAGACCAUUAAGAUCAACUGGUUCCGCUUUAAAUGUUGCGAUUAGUCUUUUAGGCUUAACCUUUCCUGGUUUUGGUGCAAGGGUUAUGUUAUUUGCUGCAGGCCCAGGUACGUUGAACCCGGGAUUGAUUGUGGGUAAUCAAUUGAAAGAGCCAAUUAGAUCGCACUCGGAUAUUGACAAGGAUAAUGCUAAGCAUUUCAAGAAAGCUGCCAAGUUUUACGAUGCAUUGGCUGCAAAGGCAGUCAAGAACUGUCAUACUGUUGAUAUCUUUGCUGGUUGUUAUGACCAGAUUGGUUUGUUGGAAAUGAAAAACUUGUGCAAUAACACUGGUGGUACUAUGUUGCUUUCCGAUGCGUUCACUACCUCGAUUUUCAAGAGAUCAUUUUUGAGAUUGUUCAACAAGGAUGAAGAAGGGUACUUGCUUAUGGGAUUUAAUGGUACUUUUGAAAUCAGAACCUCGAAGGAAUUAAAGGUUAGUGGAUUAAUUGGUAAUGCUUCUUCUUUGGGUGUCAAGACCUCUAAUGUUUCUGAAAAUGAACUAGGAAUUGGUGGCUCGUCGCAUUAUAGACUUUGUUCGACCUCGCCAAGACAUACUUAUGCUGUGUUUUUCGAUGUUGCAAACACGCAACAACUUCCACCCACGGCGCAAAGUUAUAUCCAGUUUAUCACGCACUACCAACAUUCGAGCGGUACUUAUAGAAUUAGAGUUACUACAGUUUCUAAUUACCUUACAUCGGAUGAGCAAUCAUUGACCAAUUCAUUUGACCAGGAAGCUGCGGCAGUGAUUAUGGCACGUGUGACUAUAUUUAAAUCGGAGCAGGAUGAUGGUGCCGAUGUGCUUAGAUGGGUUGAUCGUAUGCUUAUACGUCUCUGUCAGAAAUUUGCUGAUUAUAGAAAAGAUCAAGAAGAGAGUUUCCGGUUGGGACCACAGUUCCAGUUGUAUCCGCAAUUUAUUUACUAUUUGCGAAGAUCUCAAUUCUUACAAGUGUUCAAUAACUCACCUGACGAAACAGCCUUCUAUAGACAUGUGUUACUCACAGAGGAUGCCAAUAACUCGCUCAUUAUGAUCCAACCUACAUUGACGUCAUUUACCUUGGAUGGAGAACCAGAAGCUGUACUUUUGGACUCUGUUUCGAUCAAGGAUGAUAGAAUCUUACUUCUUGACACUUUUUUCCAUAUUUUGAUUUUCCACGGUAAAACAAUUUCGGCCUGGCGUAAGGCCAAGUACCAAGAGCAAGAGGAGUAUGCCAAUUUCAAGCAAUUGCUUGAUGAGCCUAAACAAGAGGCGGCAGAGUUGCUUGCGGAUAGAUACCCCUUACCAAGGUUUAUUGAUACUGAGGAGGGUGGAUCACAAGCUAGGUUUUUGUAUUCCAAAUUGAAUCCUAGUGUCACAUACAACACAAAUGAGAUGAUUGGUGGGCCAGGAAUGGGUGGUGCUGGGGGUGCGAUUGUUUUGACUGAUGAUGUUAGUUUACAAGUGUUUAUGAGCCAUUUGCAAAAACUAGUUGUUAGUGGCUCAAGCUAA